AUGUCAAAGGCAUUGCCGCCCAUUAAACCGUUGUCGCCGCGUGGGCGUGAUGCGUACAACGGCUCUGGGCGUCCCCGGACGGCCCUACAAACUCCGCUCACCCCUCCGGAGGGGAACGCGCGAGUCCCAACAGCGACAACAACAACAGGGACGGCUCAAUCCUCCACAAUACGUGUUCUCUCUCGAGAAGUGGGGUUUUCACUGGGCCCGGUGCAGGAUCGUUUCUUGCCGCCGUACAACGACCUUGAGGAUCCACACCUGGCGCAGUACUGGGCCCGCCGUGAGUUGCUCAUAAGAGAACUCGCCGAACGAAGGCAUGAGUUGCAACGACAACGGCGGCUGGAGCGGAGACGCCGCGAGAUGUUACGUCGGCGUUUUGAGCGACGUCGGCGGCGAGAGUUAGAGGAUCUUUCUGCCAAAAAGGGAUACGCGUCGCAUCGGCGAGAAAUGGAGGAAGAGGAGCAGGAGCGGCAGCGUUCUGCGAGAAGGCGUCAGCCACAUCCACCCCAGGCCAACAGAUCCUUCAGCGGUAGAAACCGAUCAUGGAGACGAGGGUAUGACGUUUCCGCACGCAACAAUCGGCCCGCCACGGCAUCUUGUGGUGCAAUUAUGGAUUACAGUAAGAAAACCCCACUUUCGCAGAGACAAACGAGUGCGAGGAAAGCCAACCAAGAAUCAUCUCUCCACACAGCCGUGCAUCAUCGUCCAUCCAAGGAAAUGCCCACAGAAACGAAGAAGACGGCAAAAACGGACACGUCAGCACACAAAAAAACAGUAAAUUCAGCAAAAGCCGUCGCGGCGGCAAAAAUAAGGGCCGCCGCAGCAAAAGCAGCGGCAGACACACUAGAGGGGGAACCCAGCGAAUUUCAAUCUUCCCUAAACACACCGAUAAGGUGUAAAUACCCACAGGAGGCUGACACGAGGACGGAAGCACCAGCGCAACCAAAGUCUUCUAAAAAGGCCGAUGUAUUCAGUAAUUUCACCGCAUCCACAUCUUCUUCAUCUUUAUCCUCGUCGUCAUCAUCGCGCAGAUUCAGAAGAAAUGGAAGGCGGCAGCGGAACAACAAGUAUAACAGCAACAAAAAAUCUGCGGCAUCCGCCCGCUCCGCCAAAAAGAGGGCAGUGUCGCCACUCUCGUCACAGGAGGUCCAGGCUGUGGUGAAUGCAAGGCAUGCCACGCCAAGUUAUGACGAGUACGACGAUGAAUAUGAGUCCGAGACACCCGCUUCCCCCAAGAAGCGGCCCGCGGUGCUCUCGUCACAGGAGGUCCAGGCUGUGGUGAAUGCAAGGCAUGCCACGCCAAGGAAUGACGAGUACGACGAUGACUAUGAGUCCGAGACACCCGCUUCCGCCAAGAAGCGGCCCGCGGUGCUCUCGUCACAGGAGGUCCAGGCUGUGGUGAAUGCAAGGCAUGCCACGCCAAGGAAUGACGAGUACGACGAUGACUAUGAGUCCGAGACACCCGCUUCCGCCAAGAAGCGGCCCGCGGUGCUCUCGUCACAGGAGGUCCAGGCACAGGUGGAUGCAAGGCAUGCCACGCCAAGGAAUGACGAGUACGACGAUGACUAUGAGUCCGAGACAUCCACUUCUGCUAAUGAGCAGCCCGCGGUGCUCUCGUCACAGGAGGUCCAGGCACAGGUGAAUGCAAGGCGUACCACGCCAAGGAAUGACGAGUACGACGAUGACUAUGAGUCCGAGACAUCCACUUCUGCUAAUGAGCAGCCCGCGGUGCUCUCGUCACAGGAGGUCCAGGCACAGGUGAAUGCAAGGCGUACCACGCCAAGGAAUGACGAGUACGACGAUGACUAUGAGUCCGAGACAUCCGCUUCUGCUAAUGAGCAGCCCGCGGUGCUCUCGUCACAGGAGGUUCAGGCACAGGUGAAUGCAAGGCGUACCACGCCAAGGAAUGACGAGUACGACGAUGACUAUGAGUCCGAGACAUCCGCUUCCGCUAAUGAGCAGCCCGCGGUGCUCUCGUCACAGGAGGUCCAGGCUGUGGUGAAUGCAAGGCGUACCACGCCAAGGAAUGACGAGUACGACGAUGACUAUGAGUCCGAGACACCCGCUUCCGCCAAGAAGCGGCCCGCGGUGCUCUCGUCAAAGGAGUUCCAGGCACAGGUGAAAUAUAAGACUUCUUCAAGUUCCUCCAUAUCUCGUAGCAGUACGAGUUCGCGUUCGGGUGAUUCAGAUUUGGAUGAGAGUGGGCGGGGGGACCCUUAUCACGAGUUGGGUGAUGCUUCAGGAAAACUGAAGGGAAACCAGAAAACAAAAGUGACUGCCAGUGCUAACGGGUUAGGGCCAGGUGUAUCUUUAAAUAAAUCAGCCAAAUUUUCUACUUCGUCCCCAAGGAGCAAUAAAAAAGAGCUCAGUGAGAAUGACCUGGUAAAAGACUCUAGUUAUGUUCACGACGAGUAUUAG